UUAGUUCUCUCGUAGACACGUGUUUAUUGUUUUUCUUUUAAUUUUUUCUCAUUAUUACUACGUAAAUAGUGAUUUGGAAGUGUUUAAAAUUAAUAAUUUUAGUGAAAAUUAAAUAAUAAUUAGACAGAUGACAAUAGAAAAUAUGGAUAUACAGUUAAACAUAUUUAAUGGAACAACAGAAGAUUCGCAAUAUUCACAGUUGAAAAUCAACCGUGAGUUGUUAAAAACAUUUACUGAAAAGGCAGAUAAAAAGUCACGGUUGAAAGAUAACCUUAAAAAUACUCAAACUCCAAUUGUUGGUUCCGGAGUUAAAAAAAGAAUAAAACAAAAAUCAUUAGCAGCUAUUGUAUCUAAAAAUUUAGCUAAAAAUAAUUUAAAACCAAUUUUAAAAGGUAGUAAAAAUAUUGAAGAUAAGACAAUAGUAAAAGUUAGAAAACAUGAACAAAAUAAAGUAGAAUCAAAUACUGAUGAUACAGUUAAUAAACCAUUAGUGUCAUUUGUUAAACCUUCAGAAAUUAAAUUAAAAACAAUUAUUGCUAAAACAAAAGUCAAUCAAGACUCAAAGAAAUCAUUAACUAAUAUAUACUCAAAAAAAGAUAAUAGUGCAGAACAAAAGGAUAAUGAUGUGACUUUAUUAAAAAAUAGAGUAGUUUCUGAAGAAUCUAGAAGUAAUUCUAAACCAAUUGCAAAUGAUAAAAAUUUUCCAAAGAAUAAAAAGAUAAAUAAAAAAUUAAACAAUACAGAAAACUCUUCAGCGUCAGGAGAAAAAUUAGAUAAAACUUUUUAUAGACCAUCCGGAAAAAUUUCUUCAUUAUUUGGAAAUAAUCCAGAGAUUCCAAGAAUAGGUCAGAGGUUCGUUAAACCUGUACAUGAACCAGUUUUUACUAAAGUUGAUUUUGCUGACCUUGGGAUUCAUCCUUAUAUGAUAUCAAACUUGGAGCAAAAUAUGAAAAUUACGAAAGCAACCACAGUUCAACAAAAAGCAAUACCCAUGAUUUUGUCCGGUAAUGAUGUAUUGAUUAGAUCUCAAACAGGUUCUGGUAAAACGUUGGCUUAUGCUCUCCCUAUUGUAGAAUCAUUACAAAGAAUCAGACCAAAGCUAUCGAGAAAUGAUGGUUUGAAAGCACUUGUAGUUGUACCGACAAGAGAAUUGGUUUUGCAAACUUAUGAAUGUUUUCUUAAACUUAUUAGGUCAUUUGCGUGGAUUGUACCAGGGUAUUUAUUAGGUGGUGAAAAGAGGAAAGCAGAAAAAGCUAGACUAAGGCGUGGUUGUACUAUUUUAGUAGCAACGCCAGGUAGAUUAUUAGACCACAUUAAGCACACAGAAGCCUUAAAAAUGAGCGAUGUUAAGUGUUUAGUAUUAGAUGAAGCUGAUCGUAUGCUUGAUAUGGGUUAUGAGAAAGAUAUAUCUGAUAUCGUAUCUGCUCUAAAUGUAUCUCAGUCACAAGAAAAUACCACUUACGAUGCUAUGGAAAUUUUUCGUCAAAAUAGAAGGAAAAUUUUCACCGAUAAUGAGACUGGUUCUGAAGAUCAUAAAUCUAAAAUACAAAAUGAUGAUGACAAUAAAACAAAUAUAAAAGAAGAUCAAAAUAAGCAGGAGGUUGAUUCAGCAGUGAAUAAAGUUACUUCAGGCAGACAAACUAUAUUGUUGUCUGCUACAUUGACAAAUGCCAUUGAAAAAUUAGCAGGACUCACGAUGACUAAUCCGAUAUUCAUUGAUGCUGCUAAAGAAAAUUUACGCGAUGUUAAUGGUAAUGCCAAUGAAGUUAAUGAAGAUUUUAUUAUCCCUGAUGGUGUCAUUCAAAGUUAUGUUGUUGUUCCACCAAAAUUAAAAUUGGCAACGUUGUGUGCUUACAUUAUUGGAAAAUGUCAGAGUUCUGGACAUCAUAAAAUACUAAUAUUCAUGGCUACACAGGAUAUGGUGGAUUAUUAUAUCGAUAUUUUAUCAUCAGUCUUGACCGAGUCAGAGGAAGAAGAAGACGAAGAAGAGUUGGAGCCACUAGUAGAUGUAGAAUUUUUUAAAUUACAUGGAAACAUGACACAGAAAGAAAGAACAGAAGUCUUUAAAACAUUCAGAGAAACUCGAAGUGGAGUACUUUUAAGUACGGACGUGGCUGCUCGUGGUCUGGAUCUGCCAAUGGUUGACAGUGUCAUACAGUUUACAGGACCAAUAUCAGCACGAGACUAUGUGCAUCGAAUAGGACGAACAGCACGUGCUGGAUGUUCUGGUUCUGCUGUCAUUUUCCUCACGCCAUCAGAAAUGGAAUUUGUACGGAUGUUGGAGUCUAGGCGAGUACGAAUAAAGCAAGAGGACAUGGAUGACAUGCUGAAUAAGUUAAUCGGGCCUCUAUCGAGAUAUAAUUCUCUACAGUCUGCAGCAACAAACCUUCAAAAUAAAUUCGAAAAUCUUGUAUUGAAUGAUUCUAAGCUGCAUAAAGCUGCUUGCAAGGCUUACUUGUCGUGGAUCAGAUUUUAUUCAAGUUAUCCACGAGAAAUGAGAGGGAUUUUCAACCGGAAGGAUCUUCACCUGGGACAUUAUGCUAAGUCCUUCGCUUUAAGAGAUCCACCCCAAAGGAUAGGAGGCAUUGGAAAGAAAAUUCGAGAAAAAAAUCCAACCAAGGUUCACAAUAAUAGACUCUCUAAUGAAAGACCUGAAAGGAUGAAACAUCAGAAGCCAAAGAAUGAAGGAUUAGGAGCUGAAGUGCUAAAGAGAUCGCGAAUGCUGAAUGUUUCCGAGUAUGGUGAUGGAUUAGAGCCUGUAAAAAAAGCAAAACAUUGAUGAUUUGAUGUCAAUUGUCGCGAGGUAAAAUAUUGAAAGUAAUUACAUGAAUUUCAAUGGUUCAACAAUGAUCGAUGGUUGUGCUCACCAUACGAGUGAUUACUGAGUCUCGUUGGCUGCAGUGCCUCCGAGCCGACUGGUACAUUGGAGAAUGCCAAGGGUUGUUAUAUGAGCUAGAGAAGGAGCAAGAUGAAAAGAGAAAAGAUAAUUGUAUAAUGGAGGCAGAUAUGAUUAAUACGAUUGCAUUAUUUUCCAAUUUUUUGCGGUGGUGCAAUGGUCAAUGAAAAUUACUUGCAAAUAAAGGCGGUGUCUCGUAAAGAUAUUGUGGUGGUAUGCACAAUUUAUAAAGGGAUUUUAAUUCAAUUUAAUUAUGCACUCUCUUUUCUUUAUCAUUGCAUGGAGAGAUGGAUGGCCUUAGAGGGUUGAUAGCGUGAAUUACCGGAUCUUAAUUUACCUGAUGAGAAAAGGCAAUGCGACAUGGUGUAUUAUUGGAGUUACGAUAAAAAUCCACACUCCCACUUGGAGCUAUUCAUUGUAUUUAAUUAUUUUCAUUACCUGAGAGUGCAGUUUUCUAUACCAAACUACUGCGAAAUCUGUUUGGUAACGCACUGGCAUCCUUGAAAUUAGCAUUUUAUAGGGGUGCGGUGUAUACUACGGUGUGGAAACGGUUUAUUGGCCUGUCGUGCAAAGAAGCCAUAGACCGCUGUCGGUUCAAAUAUACACGUGGCGAGUUAUUUCACAUAUUCGCAUGUAUAUUACUCUCACUACUUAUGCCAUUCACCACUAAAUUGACUCUCAUUGGUUACUUAACAUUUCGGUUUAACGCCUGAAACAUGUUAAUCCGUGAUUUUAGAAUAGAUUGGAGAUAUGAGAAGACUUUCAAAAAUGAUUUAUUUGCUAGAGAAAUUUUUUUUAUAGAAAAUGUUUUUUUUAUUGCUGUGUAUUUUUUCA